UUCUCUGUACCACCAUUGUUAUUCUAGAAUAGAAGAAAUCAUCGUAAUUUUUGAGUGACUUCACUUCACCGAGGAAUAGUGAUUUUUUGAGUCAAAAUUCGAUUAUUGGUCGGUCUAAACGAUGGCUCAUCGUCAGCUUGAUAAUAAUUACGUUGACGGAGGAGGUGACAUAGAGAACGACGGAACCGGCAGCGAUGCUUCGUCGUUUUUGGAGCCGUUGUUGAAUCUCAAGAGUAGAACCAACACUUGCUCUCAGAUUGCCGUUGUUGGCGCCAAGGUGUAUCCCAUCGAGAGCCUCGAUUACGAGAUGAUUGAAACUGAUCUAUUUAAGCAGGAUUGGAGAUCUAGGAAAAGGGUUCAGAUUUUUCAGUAUAUUUAUCUCAAAUGGACACUUGCUCUUCUCAAUAGGAUUGUGCACAGGUCUUAUUGGUUUCUUAAAUAACCUCGCGGUUGAGAAUAUUGCUGGUUACAAGCUUGUGAUCACUAGCAAUUUGAUGUCUAACAAUAAGUAUCUAACAGCAUUUGCUGCGUUUGCUGUUAUUAAUGUGGUGCUGGCUAUUUGUGCAUAUGUUGCCCCUGCAGCAGCUGGUUCUGGCAUACCUGAGGUGAAAGCCUAUCUUAACGGCAUUGAUGCUCAUUCCAUCCUGGCUCCAACUACCCUAUUUGUGAAGAUUCUUGGUUCCAUUUUGGCAGUUUCUGCGGGAUUGGUUGUUGGUAAGGAAGGACCAAUGGUGCAUACUGGUGCCUGUAUAGCAAAUUUACUUGGACAAGGAGGCUCUCGGAAGUAUGCGCUGACUUGGAAGUGGCUCAGAUACUUCAAAAAUGACAGAGACCGAAGGGAUUUGAUUACUUGUGGGGCUGCCGCUUUUCGCGCCCCAGUUGGUGGCGUACUUUUCGCCCUUGAAGAAGCUGCCACUUGGUGGAGAAGCGCUCUACUUUGGAGGACCUUCUUCACAACUGCUAUAACAACUGUUGUAUUGAGAGGUCUCAUAAACUUUUGCUGCGGUGGCAACUGUGGACUCUUCGGACAAGGAGGACUCAUCAUGUUCGAUAUGCAUUCUUCAGUCCCUACUUAUACAAAUGGAGAUGAAUGUCGAUCUCCAUCCCAUCACCAACUCAUCGCCCUACAUGGUUGUAGAGACCAUGUCUCUUGCUAAAGCUGCCAUCCUCUUUCGACAACUUGCGCUCCGACACUUGUGUGUUAUCCCCAAAACGCCCAGGCGAAAUCCGGUGGUCAGAAUCUUGACAAGGCACGAUUUUAUGCCGGAGCAUGUAUUGGGGCUCUACCCUGAGCUUAUCCACCACAAAUAGACAGCCCUGGAUCAUCUUCUUCCUCAUGAAUUUGCAAGAUUUAGGUGAUAAAUGUUUUAUUUUUGGUUAUCUCUGAACACGAGGACAAACUAUCAAAUUAAAAAAAUUAUAUUUUUAGGUAAACCAAUAGCAUAAAUAAUUAGUACUAAUAACAAACAUUCAGUUAUUCAGCUUGAUUGUUUUAAUUUUUUUUCUCUUUGGAGGAGUAAAUAUCCCCACUUGCUUGGUAUGUAGCUUUUUAGAGGCACAGGACAUUAACAAGGGUGUGGAAGUAGAGUUAUUUACAAAUUUGUGCAAGGUGGUUUUACCCUGCAACAUAUGUACAAUGUGCUUGUCCCUUC